UGGUGUUCGACUUCUUGAAGGCCACAAAAUGGCUCUAUUCUUGACUCCUUGGGCAAGUUAUCGAGGCAAAAUGAUAUUUUUUCUUCCUUAUGCGGCGUAUUUACGUCAAGAUUUUUUAAAAUAAGAACUAAAAAUUCUAUUAUUAUCGAAAGGCACGGAUGGCGGGCUAAAUUUCUCGUUUUGAUGAUGGCAGUAAAAUGGCGAUCGAGGCUAAAAUCGAGAUGCUAUUUUGGUGGAUGUCAAACUUAAUUCCAAGGAAAAGGUUGCGAGAUUCCAGAAGAAUUUUAAGACCUCUCUCGAAUAACUAGGAUGUCCACGACUUCCUCUAGCGGUGAAACGAUUGAAAUUACAGAUGACAACUUUGUAAGUAAACUUUAUACAUGUAAGCUUAGGAACAUGUUUAUAAAAUGCAUAAAUUGCAUUGGAGAACAUAGCCUUGAUUUCUUCAAGGAAAAACGUAGAGUCAGUUGAGUUAUUGCAUUGACAACGACAAUUUGAUGGGAAAUCCCCUUGUAUGUAAUACCUUAACACAGAAGUGUAUUUAAGACACGUUUUGAAAAAGGUCUGAUAGAUAAAACACAGAGGAAGCGCCUGUCUUUCUAAGUGGCAAUGUGCAGCAGUUUCAUUUCCUCAAUGCUGCCUUGCAAUGACGUGAUAGAUUUUACUCAUUUUAACACUGUCUGACUUUGCUACCUGUUUGCUGCCCGCAGUGGUUUAUUAGUUUACUCUGAAAGGUUAUUUGUACAUUACGUGGUCCUGUGACUCAUUAAAACUAAAAGUCACCUGUUUUUAGAACAUGGUCUUAUUAAUUUUCGUAUAACGUAAGAAAGAACGUAAAAGUUCCCGAUUUCUACAUUAUUUAGUAGUGUAGUAACACCAAACUAAAAUUCUUAUGGGAGCUCGAGAAAACUGAUGUCAAAUUUCACAAAAUUACAUCUUACACACGAAAUUUUUAGAAUUUUACCUGUAUAAUCCCAAUUCUUGUGAAAUUUGACAUUCAUUUUCUCGGACUUCCAUGAGAAAUUUUCUUUGGUGUUAUCACGGAUGAUUUAAUUAAAUCUUUAGGCCUUGAAAAAUGUAAAAAGGAAUACAAUAUUCUUUAAAUGAUUCUGGUACAAGAUUUUUGUCCACUGGCAAUUUAAAUUACUCAAUUUCGUGAAGGAUUCCAUGUUAAUUACCUUGAUGUAAGCUUAAUGCUUUGAUCGUAUAUUUUCUUAAUAGUCCUUAUAAGGUGCAUUUUUUUGUGUGUUUUUUAAGCGUGUUCAGGUGGAGUCAAAAUUGGCUUUAAUUGUGGCAAAACCCAUGCACACACUGUGUGGUAGCAAUUUUGCAGAGAUGAGCCUGUAGACAACCUUUGAGGCUGCUAUUCCACCCUCUUUUCUAGUAAUUGCUGAUUCCUCUGUCAGCAAGAUCACUAUAUGCCACUUGGAUACAUUGGAAUGUAGUCUCGUGCAUGUAGAGAGGGGGUUGGUAUAAGGCAACACAUGACUUUUACCUCUUACUAAAGUGCUGCUAUUGGGGCUGUUUAGUCAUCGUAAACUUGCAAUUAUAUCUUGAAACUUUGUUACUGAAAUGAGCAAACAGGGCCCUAAAACUACCAGGUGUAGAUUAUGUUGUGAAUAACUGGGCACUAGCCAUGAUGUUAAAAGCUUUAUCAUUGGCUAAUUUCUCAAGCAUAUUGUUGUUGAAAGAGCAAAUCAAAAUAUCUCUGUUUAAAAAAAUGAUGAAAACACUGGUCAGAUAAACACAAAACCAAUCAGUUUCUAGCAAAAUUUGCUCAGAAAAUUCCAAAAAAAAACGAAACUGGAAGUAGCCCCACCAGUAUUUGAACCUGCACCCCAAAUUCCUCCAGUGCAAAAAGUGCGACCUCAUACCACUGGGCCAUGCAACCACUGAACAGUUUAAUUCUUAAUGUAUUUAUCAUGAAUUGAAAGAUACAUUUGAGGAACAGUAACUUAAACGAGUAUUUCAAACCAUUUUGUAUAUUUAUUUCUGUGUUUAUUCACUCUCGGGCUUUAUAUAGGUCGUCGAUGAACCCACUGUGGUCUUCUUUACUGUUCUCCCUGAAGUUCAGGUCCUGGUUCUUUCCAUGUUUAAUCUUUCACGGCAAGGUUUCUAGCCAUUGUCCAAUUGGGCACUGUUUUUUUCGCAGCCUGCUGUUAUUUGCCUCACAAAUACUUUGUGAUUCACCAGGCAAUCCACCAACGUACAGUGGCCGUGUUGUCUGGAAACCCAAAAUGCACAAUGUAUUUUUAGGUUCAGAGCCACCCUCCUGCUGAAUUUCCAGAGCUGUUUACCCCCCCUCCCGCAAGAUUUUCCAGCAUGCCUUCCGUGGCAUGGGGGUGUGGAUUUUUUCUGGAAUAACCCAUUAUAGCUAGGAAUGGCUUAGGAAAUCACAUGAAGUCCUCACAUGUACAAAGCAUAAACAUUAUUUUGCUUUAAAAUCACAAUGAUAUGACCAAUAGUAAUCUUUAAUAGUCAGUGAUAAAAUAGGUACAGAAAUGCCCCAGAAACCUUAUUGUGAGUCAAAAACAGUCAGAACUUUUGGAAAAAAUGGAAAAUGGGCUUAAUUCCAAACUUAAGCACAACUAAAAAGUCUGAAUCUUAUUCGAGAGAGGUUUGGUAUGGGAGAGCCAGAUUGAUGUUGUAUUUAGGAAACUCCCAGAAAAUUUGGGGAGAGUCAAGGCAUGAUAAUUAUUAUAUGAAAAAGUAAUAAAUUUAAAAACAUGAUUUAAUUAAUAGUUGCAUGAAAACCAGCAUAAACUCACUUGUGUAAACAAGAUUAAUAAUGUGCAUUCCUUCCAUUAAAUGUAGAAAGUUCGUCUCCAAUUAUUGGAGAAGAACUUUUUAACCUGUCAGUUUCCCACCUGCUAAUUUCAUACAUCUGCCAACUUGAAGUCUGAAGUGACAGCCCUGCACUAUGCCUUUUAGUUGCAUAAAUGGGUGACAAAGUACCUAACAAUAUUGUUUUGUUAGUUAUUUCAUUGCAACUCAUUUAUUCAUACCAUUGCAAUUAUGUUAUAUACAUAUAGAAAUGAAACAUCUCCAUCAGUGAAACUGUAUAUUACAGUGCAUGAAAGCAACUACAUCUGUCUACACCUCAGGUUCUUUAUUUGCAAGCAAUUUCCACGUUUAUACUAACAUAAACUCAUUGCUUUUCAGGAAACGUUUCUGUCAGAUGAUGAAGGAUUUGUAGAGUUUUUUAAUGCUUUCUUAGCAUUACCUGUAAGUUUUUCUCACAGUAAUUUCCUAUCAUAUAAACUUGUGUCUGAGUCAUUCAAGUAUCUUAAGUUUACCACCAUUGUUACUCAGAUGCAUGGUUGUCCUUCUUUGGAGGCAAUGAGGCAUUUUUUCUUAGCUCGGCAGAUGGCCAUGGUACAUUCAAACAUGACCAGGAUUAAUAUUAUAUUUAUGGUCUAAACCACAUAGUGUUGCUUCAACCUUGUUGUAACACUGACUCUUCAUUCUCAACAAUUUUACUAAAUUAGACAGUUUGGGCAUACCUGUACCUCUUUUUCAGAGAUCUUUUUGUUAGCUGGGGUCAGUUUAAUACAACUUUUUAAAAGAGAAGUGCAAUUAAUAAGUGUCGCCAUUGUUUUAGAGUCUGAAUACAGUAGCUGUACCGAUAAAUUUCACUUGUAAAAGUUAUAUAUAACUGAGCUCUGGUCUUUUGCUCUUUCCCUGGCUCCACCAGUGGCUCAAUCGGAAAUUUGUACAUGAAAAUAAAAACAGGGUUAUUGUACCCCACACUGUUCAAAACGAAAAACAGAUGGAAUCUAUUCAUGUUGACCUUCAGUAGCGUGAUUGAAAUAAAGUUAUCGUUCUAAUGAGGCCUUAAACUGAUGUUUUUUUUAAAAAAAUAAUCAACUGAAAUGAAAUCCGAGUUUUUGCCGAUCAACGGCAUGAUGAUGAUGAUGCCGUUGAUUGGCAAAAGCUCUGAUUUAAUUUUCAUAUCUUUUUUUAAAAACAGCAGUUUAAUGCCUCAUUAGAACAUAUUUUUAAAAAAAAAUGAUUAAAAAAAUAAUUCAGAUUGGCUUUUUUCCCCAUUCUCAUUCCAUCUUAGGUCCUCUUUCCUGUCCUGUUUUUUUUUUUCAUCACCACUUAGCUUUUUUAUUUCAGAUAAUAAUUAUUAUUUUUCUCUCAUCCCUAGUAUGUUCAUCCAGCAAAAAAUUAACUGUAAAUGUGUUUUCAGUGCUUUGCAGAACGGCUCUUCUAUAACAGUGAGCUUGAAGUUUUUGAAGAAUUCAUUGAAAAAUUAGCAGAUGACGUGGGUAAAGGAGACGCUAAAAGCGCAUCACAGUUGCGUCAGUUUACACACUUCAAGGGAACCAUAUACAAUGUUGCUGACAAUCAAUCUCGUAUUGGUUACUAUGUAACAGUUCUUGAUAAAGUUCAUGGGCUGGAAUUUGUGAAGAAACACAGACUACCCUUAUUUAUGAGAAGCGAGCUGUAUGCUGAAUUUAAACUUUCCAAACACUUGUCCGCCGUCCAGGUUAGUAGAUUAAAUUGUAAAAUAUCCUUUCAAAUGCAUAAGAUAGCAUUUGUAGAUUAAAGUUUAAGAUGUAUUUAAAUUGAGCAGGGCCGAGUUGUUCGAAGGCCGAUUAACGCUUAACCCGGGUUUCUUUUUCUUGUGUUCAAAAGCAUUUUCUGGGAUAAUUCUCUCUGUUAUUUUUAGAGCUUCCAAUCAUCAACUUGGAGACAAAAAGAAUUAAAACUGACAUGUUUUUUAAGCUUUAAAAUCUGGAUUCAAAUCUCGCACUAACUCUGGGUCAUCUUAAGCCAGCUUUGAACAACUCGGCCCUGUUCUUCCAGGGGUUAUUGGUCAGCAAGAAACCUCAAAUACUUAUUAAAUAAAUAUCAACAUCACACAGAAAGUGUUGAGCGGGCAUAAAAAAAGACUUAAUCCUCGUUAGCCUACGUGGCCAGCCGCAUCCUUCCCACCUCCGAAACAUAAUUUUGAAUUUGCCAUUGAUGUGUAGUAGGCAUAUAGUUUACUAGUGAAGGCUGAUGUUGUUUGUCACAAAUAUAACGUGAAACAGCUUUACUACUUAAAGCAGUAAAGCGCAUGCUCUUUUUAGGUCAUGUUGUUUGCUACGUUCUGAUUUAUAAUCAAGAAGUAAAUUUCAAUUUUCACAUAACAUUUCUAAAAUUAAAUGUGAUUAAAAUGUUCAUUAAAAACUGGUUUUCCCCUUCCUUCCGGGUAUUUUCCUCGAGGUCCCGAUAACUGGAACUUUUUUCGAUUUCCCUUGAAGGUUUGAGUUAUCGGGAGUCGGCUGUAUCUUUUUAAAACCGCUCUCCAGAGUGGAGAUUUUUGAAAACGUCGUUUUUCCUGUAUUCCUGUGGAUGGUGAAAACGAUAAAUUCACGGUGUUGGAUCCAGUCUAUCCGGCGCACGAGAUUAGUAAAUGCGCAAGAUCCCAUAAACAUGAUCAAAGAUGGUACCGCUUUCAGUAACUAUUGCGUUUUCGAGUGGAUGAACAAAAAAGAAUUAAAAACCGGCAACUUGUGGAUGCGCUUUUUUCAUUUAAAAAUGGAGAAAAAAGUCUCCGCUUUCAAGGAAAAACGGAUAGUUGUGGACUGGGCCUCGGAGUAUGCUUGUUAUCUCCCCCACCUCAAAAUAUAACAUGACUCAAGAGUGAAGUAUAUACGUAUAAGACCACUCUUUCUGUCUUUUAUUUAAGGAGUCUUUUUUCCGUGGUCUUUACUCCGAAAGCUCAGAUGAAGACAGUGGUGUUGAGGAACUAACAGUUGUUCGUCCUUUGACUCGGAGGCGAAGCGUCGUCAGUUUUAAUUUGAGUCCUUCAUUAGGUGGAGAUGAACAAUCCUCUGAAGAGGAAAAUGACAGGGACAGCGAAGAACACCUUUACUUACCAACUCACGUUCGAACUAUUGAAGAAACGUUUGAUGCUUGGCAUGAAUCAUUUACACGUUCAGACAGCCGUAUCAGUAUGUUCAGUUCUGGUGCUGGCUCGCCAUACCCAAGAACACCCCAAAUCUUGGAAGAAGAAGAAGAAGAAGAAGAAGAAGAAGAAGGGGAAGUCACCCCGAAAUUUAUGAACGAAGAGGACGCCCUGGAGACUCAGUCAAGCUACAGUAUGUCAAGUGUUCAGGAAAGUGAAGUUUCGGUUGGGAACAAUUUUAGACCCGUCUCACGGAUGAGCUUUCUAAGUGAUGAUCUCGAGAGGACUUUAAAUGCGAAUGAUAUAUCUAGGGAAAGCUCCGCGUCCGCCAGUGGUGUCUCAUUAGCGAUGGAAACGGCCAGUCAGAAUAGCGUAGUCCAAGAAGAGUUAAAUGUAGGGAAUGAAAACGAUGCGAAGUCCUUUGGGGCAGACGAAAUGACGCGGAGUCUGUCUUCUGUGGUGAGUUUUAUUACGGAGCAUGGCCAAGUUUCAAGGAGUUCAUCAACUUUGGAGAACGUGGAUGGUGAAACAGUGUGGUACGAAGUGUCAUCAAAAGACGGUGUAGAACGCAAUGCUUCCAGUCCUCCAAAUGAGAGAGACGUAGAUGUUGUAUUAAGCACCGAGGAACAAAAUGCGAACGCGCCUGGUGCCGUGGCGGUAGGAGGUGAAAACAUACGUAUGUCAGAAAGUGUUGUUGCCAUAGGAAAAGAUGAUCUAUCGACCGUAGAGUCUGAAAAGAAUGCAAGUACGCUGAAUAUUGAAGUUGGUGAAGACAAUUUUUCCCCUGUUGGUGAUGACAAAGAUGAAGUUACAACACAAACGUCCGAUGGUGGAAAGAUACCAAGUAUAGUAGAGACUAUGUGCAGUGAUUACGAGGAGGGAGAGCUUACUAUCACUGGGACCUCUGUGGAUUCAGUCAAUGAAGAAAACAGCGAGUCGGUUAGAGAGGUAGCGAGUGAAGAAUUGUCCCAAGCAAAUGAAGACAUGGAGGAGUCAUCGGUGAGUAGUGUAGCUGAAGGAAAAGAUAAAGAUAAGGAGAAACAGGAAAAUGAGGUGCUUGGUGAUUUAAGCAAAGAGGAUUGUCUUCAUUGCCGGAGCAUUUCUGAAGGUAAAGAUGCAAUUCUGAUUGACGGUUUCCAUGACAGUUUAAACGAUGUUGAUGAUUCAGCGCCGUCCAAGCUGUUAGACCCAAGUUCUGAAACGUCAACGAUGUUAGCUGAUCAUUGCACAGAGCAGAAGGACUCGGAAAAUGAGAGUUUGGCUCACCAAGAUAUACCAACGGAAUUGGAUGGUAUAUCUGAACCCGGGGCGCAAGGAAGCAAGUCUCUAGUAGAAGAAAAAAGCGAAGAAAAUGUAGCCAAUAAAUCUGACUCAACUAAGCCCCCGAUUUCCUCCGAACAUUGUGAAUCACAGGAAUCCCAGUCAGUUACUGAGCCACAGGACGCACCGGAAGACGAAAACGAUUCUCAGGACGAAUCUGAAAGUAAAAAUGAAGGCAACGACGAGGAUGAUGAAGGAGGGUACACAACGGAAGCAAGCGCCACAACUCUGCAAGGAAUCCGUGGCGUUUUGGGCCGUCGACGGCUAACACGCUGCAGCACAGCGGCCACGUCGAUAGGGUUGGAUAUCGACGAUGAAUCCGCUUUCAGUGAAGACGGAUUCGAUGCUGAGGAAAAACCUUAUGAUUUAGCAACAAAGGAUGGUUUGGAAGCUUUUAAACAGUUUCUUUUGGAUACAAGCGGUGAAAAAAUGUUGCAGUUCUGGUUAGAAGUUGAGUGUGGAAGACAUUUGGACGAUGAUGGCCAAAAGAACAGGUGGGUGCAGUCGCGCCGCCUUCAAAAAACACUUUCAAAAUUUCUACUUUAUCAACCUUUAAAGCUGCAGUUAAACAUUUAAAAAAAAUCGCAAGAAAUGUUUGAGCUAAAACCACGAGAUGGUAGGCAAGAUAGUUUUAAGCAAAACGCGAGUCUCGCGCACUUCUCAGUGUCACAUAAUAUCCCUUAUGUUUCUUUUAUAGCCUACGUUUCGAGCGUUUCCAAACGAAUUAUUGGGCGAAAGUUGGAGCGAAAGCAAAAUAUUAUUCUCUUUUUACCCUCGUCCCAACUUGCUCGACGAGCUUGCGUGGAAACGCUUGCUACGCAGUCUGUUUCUUUUAUUUCGUAAAAACGAGUAGUUUUCGCGAUUCGGUAGAAAAUGACUUAAGUUCACGAAAAUCUUACAGAUGAGGACAAUAAGGUUUUCAAUGAAUCGACACUAAGACCUUUAUCUAGUAUGUAUUUAAAAACCAUGUAUUUUUCCACAAUACUGGCAUACUUUAUUUGCAAAUCCUUAAGUUAUCAUUACGGCAGUCAUACUUCAACGCAAGUAACACUAAUGUUACAAUAUGAAGUUGAUAAAACAGUGGUUCUUGUCUUUAUUUUUUAGGCUGGUGCAGAAUAUACGCGACAGGUAUUGGAAAAGUGGAGGGAUUUACGAGUUCUCUGCUGCAACUAAAACAAGAUUAAAAAUGUUAGACGCGUCACUGUUAACCUUCAACAGUUUGUUUGCUGUUCAGCCUGAUGUUCUUGAGCCUUUGUUAAGUUAUUGGUAAGUUUAUUUUUAUUUUGUUAUUUUGUUAUUUUUUGUUUAUUUUAUUCAUUGGUGAAGUGCAGGAAAUGGAGUGGUUGUGAUUGUGUACUUCCUGAAUUAUUUCUUAAUACAAUUUACCUGCUUACAGGAGCAUUCGAUUUACUAUGCACCAACAACGUCGUUCUGUUUCCCGCGACCUGGAAUACACAAGACUUGCUAAAGAAAGACCCAAAUCUUGCAUGAAACGCGAAAGCGCCCUUUCAAACCUGCCUCAAGUUCCUGCUCAUACUGGCCUAGCCCAGGUGCACUCGGACAAGCUAAUUACCAGGCCCCAGAGCAGUACCGUCAAGAAAACUACCCAGCACCAGACUUCCAGGCCUCAAUUGCGAGCCAAGUCCGCGCAUCCUAGGCUUCUGCAAGCCAAUAAAUGCAUCCAUACCAACGCCAGUACAAAGCAGUUGCAGGUAAGUAGUAAAGGAGCUCUGUCAUGAUUGUCUCGUUCAUUUUGUUGAUAAUGAGCUUACGCAACAUGACGGAAUAAAGAAGAGGACGGCAAAACGUUUGUGUGUGACAAAUACGACAGGGCUAUUACUUGAGUGUUUUGUCAUGAUCUUCACUUUAUAUUACUGUGUUAUGGUCUUUUACAAAACGAUCUGUUUAUUAAAGGAGCAGUGUCACCAAAAAGGAUCACUAGACGUUUCUGGGAAACUGUCCACCUACCCCUCCUCUAGGCUAACAUUAACAAUUACUUCUCACUAAGGGCAAAAUGUUGGCUUAGGGGAGGGGUAGAUGAAUAGUUUCCCCAGUAACGGAUAAUGAUUCCAAAAUUCUAACAAUAAGAAUUUGCCACCAAAAUCGAGUGAACAUAAAAAAUAAUCGCUCGAAACUUUAAAAGAAGGUAUUAAUAACACAGCGAAAACAAAAGUCGGCACGGAUGGACAAACUUGGGGAAGAUUGAAACUUGCAUAAUUUCGACUUUCUGGAACUUUUAUUUUUAAAAUUCUACAUUUUUUGUCAAAUUGAACAGCAUGGCCUAAUUCAUUUCCAAAUUCUUUUUUUAUUGUUUAACUUUUUAAAAAAAAUGUCUGUCAAACAGCGAACCCCAUUUCUUUGAUGAAUCAUUUUUCUAUUAUUUAUUUAUUUGUAUAUUUAUUUGUAUGUUUUUUUGUUUAUUUAUUUAUUCGUUAUUUAUUAGUACAUCCUUGAACCCUGGAAGACUGGUUAUGGAUUUGAGCAGCCUCCUGGUCCUACCUUCCCAGUCGAACCUGAGCCAGACUACCUACCCUCUGUCAGGCUAUUUAUCAAUCCUAUCCCCUCCCCUGAUAGUAAGAUUCAGCGAAUGAUGAGGUGAGUGAAUGAACAGUAACGUUCCAAAGGAAUGGAAAAUAGAAAAUUCGUGUGUGCGACUGAGAGAGCGCCUGAUUGAGUAACACCUACAACAACCAAUUUCGUGGGUAUUUCCUUUGGAAAAUUAGAGGGGUAGAACACCUCUCAGAGUUUCUAAAUGGAAAGUCCUAGAGACUUUACCGCGGCAAUCGAGAGAAAUUUGCCAAAGCUAAGCGAAGUACUUUAAAAGCUAAGGUUGCUUCUUUUACUUUUAGAAGCUUACAAUAUUACCAAUACGUUGUUAAUUUACCAUAGAUGUUCUGCAAGUUUACGAAAAAAGGUCUUGGUGUUUCAAAAUUAAAACAGGCACCAUUUCCCGGCAUAAUUUUACUCGCGCGCGAAGCGUUUUCAGCGAAAAGAGGCUUGUUUAUAUUUUGAGAAAAAUGACUCAAUAGUUUAAUUAAGUAACUAUUUUAAACAUCCUUGGCCAUGUUUCCACUAUGAAUGAAAUUCCAAGAAAACGCCUUAUACAUUUGACGGCGGUGGAAUUACAGAUGCGUUUGUGCAAUAUCGCCACUAGUUUCUCCAUCCGCCCCCUGAUCGAUAUCAGGAUCCGGUUGCUGAUCUGUUUUUCGUAGUCUAGUAAUCUCCAUGGCAGGAGUUAUUGUAUUCGUCAUUUUAAGUGGGAGCAAAUCCCAGCCAUACUCAACUCCUUUUUGUUCGGCAAUGAUUUCCUCGAGUUCAAUACAGCCUGUGAAGUUGAUGAAAAUUUAAGUACGAGGUGUUGCACAGUUAUCGUCCCCUGUUUUUUGUUUUCUUUUAGAACGCUUCAUCGCACAACUUUGCUGCCACCAAGUUCCGCUUCAGCUGUCGUUCAGAAAGAGACUGGGUACAAACCUGACGUCUCGUUGGAUUCUCUAAUCCAGGGUCUGAUCUACGAGAGACAGACCGGAAACUACUUUCAAAUGUAUUUACAAUCGACAGGAAAUAAGGUAUUAUUAUGCUGGUGCUAAAAGUUGACUUACUUUGGGAUUGGAAUCUUAGGUCUAGGCCAAACGUCGAACUUUUCAUGAGACGAACCAAACUGUAAUUUGGGUCGACCUAAAUUAAGUUAAGAUCGUCUGCUGGGUCAGACGUCGAACUUAGGACGCGUCGAACCAAUCAAUUGAAUCAGAUCAGUAAUAUUUUUUCUCACGAAAAAGGCUAAAUAUACAUCAUCGUACAAUUUUUAAAUUUAGUGGUUUAGUUUGUGGCAUGUGAAGAUCGACGUUUGUCCCGUGGACGAGCCUGAGACGUUCAGGCGGAUAAAAGAUCCAAACACAUUCAGGCGAAUUUAACUGAGCCAGACGUCGAACUGCUCAUGAACCUAACUCACUUAAUUUGGUUCGUCUCAUAAAAAGUUAGACGUUUGGCCUGGGCCUUAGGGCGCUUUUUAAAAGUCAGAACUGGCCGGUCAGACCGGUCAUUUUCAAAAUGAAACAUUAGCCUUUUCUCAAAAAUUUUACUAAAACCCAUCACUGCCCUGCACACCAUUUCAGAAUAGACUGAUCUGGCGGAACAGUCCUGAUUAAUAGUGACAAUCUCCUCACGACUGGAAUGGUCUCGCCAGCAAGUUCUGACAACUGGAAAGCACCCUUAGUAAGACUCCAAAUGCCUGUGAACCACCGUCUCUCCAGUCAAUCUGUUUUUGUUUUUUCUUUACUUUAAUCUUGUAAAAAUUCGUGGAAAGGUUUUACGAUUUGUACAUUAGCUUACAUUGAUAUUGUUUAUUUGUUGUUUAACAGACUUUGAGAAACUGCCUUGCAUUCUGGAAAUCACUUCAAGAGUACAAUGCAUAUUUUUUUGCUGAUGCGCUAAAUCCUUCUCUGCUUUCAAGAAAAGCAAGGGUAUGUUCACCUUCGUUUUCUGGGCCUAGUUACACAAAACUGUUUUCCUUUGACAGUAUACGCAACUAAUUGGCGACGCUUUUCAAAUAGAACCUAUUCAAAAACAUGCUUUGGUCUCCCCGGGUAGAUUAUACAACGUCUCUUUUUUAUAGUCCGUCAUUCGAAUUUAUGGGAGAAGAAAAUGGUCACACGCGCAACUGGAGGCGGACGCUGUCGCUUGUCGCGUGUCACAAUCUCACCGCUUUUGUCUCGCACGUUAUGCGUGGCCAAAAAAUGGAAAAGGUCGACAAUACCUCAGCAUUCAUCAUAGCGUCGACCUGGCAGAUUACCAGACUAGAUCCCUAAAUUACGGUUUUUGUUUGUAUGUUACAGACUAUGUAUGCUAAUUUCGUGGUGUCGGGCAGUGCGCAAGAUGUUCACGUAUGUCGUGACAUUCAGACGCAGGUGCUUAAAGAGCUAGAGCCGCCGUUUGAGGAACUCUUUGAUGCAGUGGAGGAGCACGUACUUCAGUCUUUGUUGGAACCAUGGAAUAUGCUCAUUGCACAGGAGAAAAAUCAAUACAAAGAUGAGGUGAGAAUAACUGAGUUUACUACUAUGCGCAAAAAGCCCAAACAUCUGCAUUUUGGCGAGCAACUGUGUUUGUAAACACGGUAAAAAAGUAAUACAUUCUGAAAAAUUUCCACUUUUUAUGCCAAAAAGAAUCGACUGGUAAAACUCUUCAUGAUUGCUUCCUUUUAAGCCGGCUUGUGUAUGGAAAGUACCCCCUCCCCACCCGUGAAUGACGUGGAUUACAAACACUAAACUAAAUUAAAUCUAGGCUAAAUUACUCUGAUAUAGUCUCUUUAAGAGUUAUUGUUCUGGCCCCAGUUGCUCCAAUAUUGGUUAGCGCGAUCCAGCGGCGGGUUAAUCACUAUCCAGAGGAGUGAGAUUUUUUCAGGAGCCUGUUCCAGGCUCCGAGAUCGUCGGGUCCACGAAAUUGAGAAAACGCGAACACGAAAAUAGAACGGUUCCUUUUACCCGCCGCCACCUCCUUUUCCCAGAUCAUGCGCUCAUAUAUUUUGGCAUGCCUUUCACUUACGCGUUUUCCCUACUAUCUGAGAGCCUGGAACAGGCUAUUUAUUCAGUGGAAAGCGUUAUUCACAUUUUGAAUAACUGGUCCGGUGAAGCUCUGUAAUCGCGUGGAUUUCUUAAGUAAGUCAGCUUCGCGUUAUCUUUCCCCCGCGAGUAGUUUGAGUGGGAAUAUAGCACAAUUCAGGGGUGAGUCAAGUUCGGGUGAGUGGUUUACCAGGGUACCCCUCAGCUUGUGAGUCCUUUGAAUCUUAACAGUCUUCUGAGUUAACUGUUUUAUCACCUCAGGUUCGUACAGAACAGAGACUGAGGCAUAUAGAAAUCCAAGUGACCGCACGACGAAGGCAAAGCAUCGUCCAUACUAAUGGAGGGGUAAGAAAUUAAUUUUUGUGAUCAGAAUCAAUUUUCCCAUUUUGAUACUUGGUUAUGGUCUUGAGAAUGAAGAAACUAAUCAUCCUUGGUUAGGGUACCUCGCUAAAGAAAAUGGUUUUCAAACGUGCGACGUGCGAUGGAGGUAUUUGUAUUGUAAGAAACACACAAAUGGCACUUCAAAAAGCACUAGGCAUAGACAACGACGACGUGACAAAGCAAUUGGUAUUAUGAGCAAACAAGGGCUCUGCAUUUGCAUCACGUACGCUUUUUAUUACAUUUCUUUGGCUAAGACGAGGAACUUCCUAAUGCGAUUUUUUAUGGAGGACGUGAGCACACAACGAUGAAUUCUCCUUUCUCCUUUUGAACCUGGAUAAAUUCCCUUUAACUCUUAAAAGAAUUCAACUACAGGAAAAAUCUCCAGCAUUUGACCAAUCGAGUGGGUCUACAAUAACAUAUACGCAGUUCUUUUUAUGCUACAUUUUUUACUGCUAAGGUAAGUGUCCCCUCUUAUGGUAGAUAUUUGACUGACUAGUUAGUAUAGGUAAUAGCAUGGUUUGUAGUCAUAUUUGGCAUAAAUACCAUGAGUGAUAUUUCAAAAUUGUUAGACGUAAUUUCACGAGCCGUUAGGCGAGUGAAAUUUGAGACAAUUUUGAAAUAUCACGAGUGGUAUUUAUGGCAAAUAUCACGUACAAAUCAUGCUAUUAUUUGUUUAUACUACUACCUGCAAAAGGUUUGAAAUUUUCACAUGUAGGUAUUUCAAAUUAAGCUGGAAUACCACUGCUCUAAGCCAAUCAAAUUGCAGAAAUUUCUCAUGUAGUAGUAUAAAUUAAGUUUACUCACUCAUUCAUUCAUUCAGUAAAGUUGAAAGAACGGAAAUAUGUCUUUUUUAGCGACGUGACAGUUUCAGUACACCAGCUAUACCAAUCAGUCUUUAAAGAAGAUUAUUUAAUUUUUGUUGGUUGUGACUGUCUUUUAAACUUUUUGCUAGGAACUGUUAGUAGCCUUUUUAGUUAAUCAAGUAGUGUACCCUCAAGCAGACGCAUUGUUUUCUCUCUUUCAGCUGGGUAAUGCUGAAGAAGACCACGAAAAGGAGCGGAUAUCAGUGGAGGAAGCCAACAGACCACUUCCGGUACCGAAAGACGGCGUCACAUUUGAAUCACUUAUAAGGAACAGGGAAGAAGUUGAACAUUUUAAAGAGUUCCUAAACAAAAAGCAUGCCAGAGGUAACAGUUGUCUUAAUUGUUUUCUGUUCUUUGUUUCUUUUCCUACGUAAGGUGCAUUUACACUGUCGUAAAUAAACCACGACGAAGUUUUCUUCUCGGUCUAAAAUUGGAUUCGCUCCUGCAAAAGUACGUUUGUGAAUAUUAGUAUUCUCUAUCUCAAAAGCCAUACACACUAGACCCCUAACGGCACUUGAGUUCAAGUGUACUUGAAAAGCACUUGAAGUGCACUUAGGUUUUUGGUAAGAGAUGAAGUAUUCGAAGUACGGGAAACUUCUUUGCUCAUCAUAAAGCCCUGCUCGACAGUCUUUUGUGUUCGUUGCUUCAAGGGUUUAAAAUCGUAUUUCAGAUUUUGUAGGCUGUUUUCUUGAGGUAAGAAAUCUAACGCUUUUAUUAAAAACCGCUUUUUAUACUUGUUGUAAAUUUCACUCCAGAUUCUUGCUCUCUUUUUAGCCGAUGAGCGCUUUUAUUGUUCUUUCUUUGGUCCCUACACUUGCAAGAGCUCUUCUGUUUCUUCCCUGGUCCAGUCUGCACUUUUUUGGUUGUUUGAACUUCUUUGAGUAGUUGUAGUGUCCUUCUGUGUCUUGUUCGAGUCCAGAGGUGGACUCAUGUUGUAAAUUAUGACUGCUUAGCACUGCAGAUGGACACGGAAAACUGGCUUGAACGGGUUGAAAUUAAGAAUAAACUGCAUCCACCGAUUCGCAAAACGCGGAAGCCGCUCUUCAUGGAACACAUGUCAUUUCCUUUCCAUGGCCAAGUCUUCAAUUUAUGUUGUAUCUGUCAAUUAAAAAAGGAAAUCGUGAAAUGUCCGAACCAGUUCGUGAAUCAAAACUAAGAAAAACCUGCUUAUUUUUCGAGAAGAUCAGUAUCUCCAUUGCUUGCGAGAAGGAAAACUGCGGCUGCACGUGCAGUGUUUUAAACAUAUAGAGGUUUUUUUUAUUUCCGUGGCCGUACUAUGUGGUCAGAUGUGUUUCGUAUGGGCAAUGUGGGCUUGCCAGGAACGUAUCAUGUUAGAGCGGUAAAAUCUUGUAAUUCGUAUAACUUGACGGUAAGUUGAAUUCUCAGUUCGAUUCUGUCCUUCCAGUCCAAUUUCUGAUAUUCAUUUCCCUUACAUGCUUGCAGGCCUCAAAGAUCUUAUGGCGUGGACAGACAUGGAAACAUUUCGCCGCGUUCCUCGCUUUAUGGAAGAAAAACGUGACAAGAAAGCUAGGGAAAUCCGAGAAAAUUGGCUCGGCAAAAAGUACUUUUUUGGUCCCGACAGCCCGGCGACUAGAGAAGGACGAAACUUGGUAAGUAAUCGGUCACGCGGAGUGAGAAAAUAAAACGAAUAACUCAAGAAUAAAAAAAUAGAUUUUCUUCCAGCCCAAGCUUUUUAGGUUGAGCCCUUUUCCCCUCUGUUCCGUAGAUUAUGGACCUUAAUGGCGGCCGACCGAUUAAAGAGCGACCCGCGUCACCUGUUAUCCUCGAAAGCCAGAAGUUUGUACGCGCACGCAUCGAGCGGCGUUGGUUAAUGCUGUUCAAACAGACCGUAGAAUUCCUCGAGAGACAGAAACCCAAAGUUGCCACGGUUCCAGAAAUGGUGGAGGAUAUAAUGCUCAAGAGAAGACUUCAGCGGAGCGAGGCUGCUUGGAAGGUAAAUAUAACUUUUUUUGCGAACGUAGGCGCUUUUUUUUGUCAUUUGGAACGCUGAGGAAAACUAUGUAGAGUUUGUGAAGAUUGUAAUCAACAGGGUGGGUCAGACAAUUUCUUCAACAUGGCCAAUUUCCAGCUACACAUGGUACCAUUAGCCAAUCAGAGCAUUUGUUUUAUAUUUGGCUGUUGCGUAAUUUUUUAUAACGCUUAGUUUUUCAUUUUUAUUUUUGUCUGACGUAGAUUCUUAAUAGCAGAUGGGUCUCAUCGUCACGUGACGUGGUGGCAUUACGUCAGACCCUUUUAAAUCCCAGCAGCUGUAGCGAGUUUAGUGCGUUUGUCGCAGUUAAAGGAGACACACUGGAAAGUAAUGUUCAGUUCUGGCUUGAAGUGCAGAAAUUCAAGGUAAGAUAUAUGCACGUGUUUUGUAUAAUUAACUGAACUUUCAAUUCAGGUCGCGUGACAUGUGACGAAACGUUCCACCGUUUCUUAGUGGCUUAAGGGAGUUAAAGCAGAGACGUUUUUGAGUGACGCACGUAACCCGGAAGUGAGCCUUUUUCUCUUUUUAUAUGCCUUGACGCUACCCAAUUUUUAUGGCUAAGUGUUUUUACGCUUAUAGAGACGAUUUGACCAAACAUUUAUUCAAAAUCACGGCUCAAGAGUGCAAAAAAUGUACUUCCGGUUGACCUGCGUCGCUCAAAAACGUCGCUGCUUAAACUCCCUUUUAUCAAGCUAGUAGAUUGAAUAUUCAGUUUCUUUUUGACAGCUUAUUUCGAGGUUCGUUAGUGACAACACGAGUGGAAAUGUCACGAGUUGUAUCGUAUGACUUCCAGCUCAGUUAGUACAGCUCUUUAACAGUUUAAAAAAAUAGAAGCCAAGAUGCGAAAUUACUUAUUUUAUGCGAUAUUUUUAAUCUCUAAGAUUAGCUUUGACUUGUUCCAACAUUCCAUUUGUACACUUAGCUUGUAACCUAUAUAAAGUGCUUCUUAUUUUGUCUCAUGAAAGGUUUGUGUUUCACUUGCGUCUCAUUUAGUGUACACACAUAAGCAUUUAAGUUUCGUCCUUUCCAGCUGUGAAACUCGUAAACUACAAUCUAAUACUCUCGUAUGUUCUAACUGUUCUCCUGCCCUUGGUGGGCUGGUCGUGUUAGCUUGUGUUACAAGGCUAUGUUGUUGUUUAUUUGUUCUGACUGUGGUAUAUGAACAUUACAGGAUUUGUGCCACGCACAUGCCCUGCCAGCUCUGAUCCAACGUAAAGUACAAACCAUUAUAGAUUGUUUCCUGAACUCGGCGAUUGCACCUGAGUUACAGAUCGAUAUACCUAUUGAGAUGGCCGAUAAGCUUAUGGAAAGGCUGUCCGGGAGGAAUCCUUCUCUGCAUCCUUAUGUCUUCAGAGAAGCACAGGUAAGGAGUCGGCAUUAGGGACCUUGAGAUCCGAUGACGGCGACGGCAACGAGAACGUCAAAAAAGCAAUAGGUUUAAUAACCAAAACAAUUUUGCACGUGCAUCACGCUUUUUCGACAUUUCUUUGCCGACGCUGCACGACUACGACGUGCUGAAAUGCCUAAUUUCACGUUUUACAGAGGAAGUACACAAGCAACGACGAAAUUUCUUCUCUCUUUCUGAACUUGGAUAUGGUUCUUAGGAAUUCAACUUUAGGAGGGUUCACCUUCAUUUGACAAAGUUAGUGACUUGGAGUAAUCGCGAUGAAGAUUGAAAGAAAGCGAAUUCACCUUUUUCAGCGACCUUUUCGCUGCCAUCGCCGUCCUCGGAUCUUAAGGUCCCUAUUAAAAACAAGAGGACGGUAAAGAUUUCUUUUAAGCAAUGCAGACAAGCAAUUCAAUGAAAAAACUUGGAUGGAAACAGUGACACCCCGAGGUGCUUGUAACCAGUGCCAAGAGAACAGGGAACGGCUGCUAAUGGCGGGAAAACUUGUAAUCUGCACCAAAGGCGUGAAAACAUGUCACGGGUUCCAAGCGCGGGAAAAAAAAAAAAGUUGUCAAGAACCGAGAACGUUGGUCCAGUCUUUGGUGGUGUUAGUUCACUUGCAAUGUGUAUGCAUGUUCUACCUGGUUUUUAAGGAAGCUCAUUGAAUUUUUCGAAUUCACUCAUUUUUGCCUUGUUCAAAUGAAAAUGUGCGCGCAUAUGGUUUGACAUCUGCUAAUAUCGUUCACACAGGUCUCAAAUUUUCCCACAGAAAGGAAACUUUAGAAAUACAGACUUCUUCGCGAUCGCACAAAUGUAUUGUUCUUUUCGUUUUUCAGAUGACAGUAUUUCGAGUUUUGUUUAACCACUGGAAGGAGUUUGUGACCCAGCGGAGCAAAAUCCCCGAAGGCGUACAUCCUCGAGAACAUUUCAAAGAGCUGCUGAGCAGGCACAGAGCAGAUACAAAGUCCAAGAAAGAGGCCAGUGAACGAAGGAGGCUGGCGCGUCUCAGUGCAGAGAGAAAAAAGAAAGAGAAGGAAGAAAGAGAAAAGAAACGAAUUGAAGAUCUUGCCAGGUGGGCAAAUAGGUCAUGAUAAGGUUGUGAGUAAGACUGGGUCGGGGUUGUGCGGAAAUGCAUCAUGGGACUGUUUUGGAGACGCUAUUGCUUUUUUUAUCGGGUACUAGGGGUUUGCGCAGGAUUCUGGGUCAAAAUCCAUUUUUUAAAAUUCCCACCGCCCAAUUCGACAGGAUACCAAUUCAAUCUCACGCGUAUCUCAAGCGGCCAAUACAUCAGUUCUUUCAGCACUGCAUCAAAACAACAAAAGAGAUGAAUAAACAAGGAUGGCAAGUUCAAGGUCCUUGAUAUAAUAGAGGCAUAGUGGCAGACACAUUCACUGCCGCUUCGCUCGUCGUUAUGUUAUAACAAGCUAAAAGACCCUAAUAAAACCAGGGCUCCCAAAAGGUCCCUUGCGGUAGUCCGGGACAAUUACCGCUGGAUCAAUAUACGUUUCUGGAAAACUGCCCACCUACCCCUCCCCUAAGCCAACAUUAGCACUUACCUCUCACUUAGAGCAAACGUACGUAGCUUUUGAAGCUUACUCAGUGCCCAAUGGAAAAGAGAGUCCUGGCAAGCCAUCCUCUAAUAAUAUGAUUUACUAAGUCGAGCAAGAAAUGGCUCGGACAGGAUAGACAAUUUAUUUUUAUUUUGUUCAAAGCAUCAUAUUUAUUUGUUCCAAAACUUUUAAUUAAUAUUUUAGGAAGUACGUUUUUCUAAAUUUUAUACUAUUAGUCAUUUUAUAGAAUUACUAAUAGUAUAAAAUUUAGAAAAACAUGCUAUAAGUAGUUAAGUUGGUAGUAUUUUAAAUAGUGUCCCCUAUUAGCAGGCUUUAAACAGGCCAGCUUGAAGAUUUCUUGACACUUAAAUGAGGCUCAUCCUUAUCAUCAUCAUUUAUAGUUUGUUCAGUAUGGAAACCGCUUCCAUUUUCUACUCCGAAGAGGAUGACCUAAGAUCAUGGUUUUACUCCAAGCAUUUGGUUGAACAAGAACGCCAAGAACACAUCAAGAGACUCAGAGAGCAAGGAAUUAUCAUCCCGGAAGAAGAACUUGUAGAGGAGAAAGGUGAGCCUACCAUGUUGUGGCUUUGUGUUAAAAAACUUAAUAUUAGUUAAUCUCAGUCACUGUUUUUUAGCCUGCGAGCAUGCGGAAUCUCUCCAAUUGUGGCGAACGCACGAGCGAGCGGCGUCUCCUUUCGCGUGACGACUAUCCUUCCAAAUACGGAGAGCUUGCUCGCAUGCUAACUGCUUUUAAGCAGUGACGCAGUAAUUGGGGAUAUAGGAAAGAGGCAAAACCAAAAAAGGAAAAAAAGGCAAAGGCGCACAAAUGACAGAAGAACAGAGCUGGUACAGGAUAAGCUAUUGUAUGCCAGUUGUUGAAUUAAAAUGAGAAAUAAUUCCAUCUCGUGUUUCAAGAAAGUGACAUCUUUUCUUUUGGUCUCUUCGGUAGAAGAAACAAAGAGCAGGAGAUCACGUGUGUCUAUGGCGAAAUCCUCCAUACUUGGCAAGAAAGGUAUGAAAUUGUCCUUUUUAAAACGUAUUACGUACAGGCAAGAGAACAAUUUAGGAGAUUCGAUAACUUAUCCGUCAAACAUCGGGCGUACAACCCUCAUUGAUUCAUAGUUGACUUCCUCUACUUUCUUAUUUAUUUCAGUUCAUGAGGCUCUAAGUGACAAGAAAAGUAGUGAAGGUACGACUGUUAGAGGCCUGUAAAUACAAUCGCCUCCCGAUAACUCGAACCUUCUAAGGAAAUCGAAAAAAGUUCGAGUCAUCGGGAGUGCAAAGCAAAUAACCGGAAAUAAGAAAUAAGCAAAUGGAUGGGGAGGGAGUGCAAGUAUCAUGCACCCUUCAAUUCAAGGCAGCAAGAGAUAUAUAGGCAAUAUUUAGAAAACGGAGAAAAAGUAGGAAUUAAGCAACAAAGCUUGAUCAGUAUACAGGGCUGGACAAAUAACAAAAAGGCAAAGAAUACACGGCUGUUUUGAAAUAAAUUUAAUGUUUCGGACUGCAGUACACUGUUUUUUUUUUACCGAGGGUAAAUUAUAUUGAAAUAAUCUGAAGGGAAGCAAAAAUUACCGUACUUUGAGUUAGCGGGUGAUUCGAGUUAUCGAGGGUUCGAGUUAUCGGGAGUCAACUAAAUGUUUUACUUUUAAAAGGAUAUGUCUCUGACCAGUUCACCAGUACAUUAAGAAACCCGCUGCACAGCUCACGUUUCGUUCUGUAACUCACAUUUUUAACUUGCAAGGGUGUCGCGUUCUUUAGCGCUCUUAGGGUAUCGCGUUCUUUAGCACUCUUCCUAGUGAUUCUCUAAAUUUUUAUGUUCAAACUAGUGUCUUAACGUCACUUCCCACGUCUUGUAUUUUCUUAGGUUCUUCAAGGAGACUCCAAGCAAAGCUUCUAAAACCCAACGCUAAUGGUCAGCUGUUUACCUCGUUGGGCAGGCGCAGUUCUGUAGUUUCUACCUCUGUGUCGGUCACUCGUCGGAACUCGGGAGUGUCAUUGGCGCUUUCUCGCAAAGAUGAAAAAGUUAGCACGGUUACCUCUGUGAAAGAAGAAAAGAUUACCGAGAAAUGUGAUGAUAAGGAUCUUUCCCCUAAAGACUCAAAAGACGUGAAGCAAGCGGAAAGAAAAAGCCCGGAGAUUCAAGUUAUUCCGCUACUGUCACCUGAAACUACACAACAAACCUCUCAAGAACGCAAGCUACUACCCCAACGCUCACGGAGCUCUAAGCGACUGUUAUCAAGCAAGCAGCCACCCAAGUCUGCAGGGACGAAACCAGUUCCACUGGAUGCUAUUUCUUGCAUUAGUGACUAUAGCAUUUUAAGUAACAUUGAGUUUGCACCACGGCCAAGGACCACGGCAGGGAAAAAUGGCCACAAGGAAGCCGGAACCUCUCUACUGACGUCAAAAUCUCUUAAAGACUUCACAAAUUCCCCAGAAGGUAAAACUGCAGGUUUUCUUUAUUUUAUCCACUGAUUUUACAAUAUUAAAUCAAAACAGGCUUAUUUAAGGGGUAAAUUAAUCCACUGCUGUGGUUGACAUUGACCGCGGCCGAGUGAUUGACAAUAGCGCAUUUCCGAGUUCCCCCGGGCCUCUGUAUCAGAACGAGGUUAAGUGCUCAGCUUUUGAUAUAGAAAUGAUUUUUCAUUCUCAUGCAAAUAAAACUCAUUUUCACAAGAAAGGUUUUGCACUUGGCCUCAUUUUGAAAGUGAAGGUUUUUGGAACUCGGAAGUGGCCUAUUAAAGGAGAAUCGUAGUUUCCUUGACAACUGUAAGAACUAAACGAUAAUCGCACAGUUAUUGUUAAAAUCGCUAUUCUCCUUUUUAUCAGAAAGCCAUAAAGAGUUGUUCUCAUAUAAUCAGUUUCUCAUAAGUUAUAAUGUAUUUAUUGUUUGCUUGUACCGAGGCCUUAUUUUGAUGGCGUGUAUAAACAUACUGCACCUAGUUAUAAAGUAAAGUUGAUUUCUUUUUUAACAUUUCCAGGUGCUCAACUUUCAAUGCCAUUGCCGCUGGUCAGAAUCACUUCAGCAUCACACCUUGAGAAAUCCGAUACCGACGGCUCAAUUGGUGACCCGUCACCUUUGUACUACAAACCACGACCGCUGACUCAGAGCCUCAGAAAAACACCCAUCAGACUGGGCUCGAGAAAAGGCCUGCGAUUCGCCAAAGAAGAUAUGCAGAUUAUACCAGAUGUCGAGGUCAACUAAAGGAACCACGUGACUUAAGUGAGGUCAUGUGUCUUUGGACAAUGUGGCAGCGGUUUUCCUCUAUUUUGAUGAUCUUUUUUCUCUUGAGCGAAUAGUUCAUCGUUCUUUCAAUGUUAAGAAACUAAUUCGUGCUAAUUAUAAAUAAAUUAUCGUCGGCCAUCGUUCCUCAAAGCAACUUCGAGAAUUAAAAUUAAAUAAGCUCAAGGGAUUGUGUGAGCUGGUUAAACCAGAACAAACAACUAACUCAGCUUUGUUCAUUAUCCCUGAGUUUAAGCGAAGAAAUAUGCCGAGAGAAUAAUUAAAAUGAAGUUAUAUUAGAGAAAAAUAGUUUUUCUUUUAUGUAAGGAAUUUUAUUUAUUUGAGACGUUUUGUUUAAGACAAGAAAGUUAUUUAUUGCCCAAAUAGGACAAAUUUUUUCAUUUUAUUUUAUUUAUUUAUUUUUUCAUAGCAAUAAUCCACAAUCGUUUAGAUUGGAGAUUUGACUUAAGCAGAAAUUAGAGAUGUACAGCUGAUCUUGACUGUUUUUGUAUGUAAAUAACGAUUUAGAUUCCUUAAUAAACGAC